AUGCUGUCAACUUUUCAAAUUCGUUUUGUGGUUUUGAUAGUUGUUCUAAGUUACAUCGUAGACAACUCGCUCAGCGACAGCCCCGGCAGUGAAAUACAGUGUAAGUGGAAUUGUUUUGUCCACAUGGCUGAUCUAACGGCGCUUAUGCGAGAAAUGGCGAAUUCAUCGACGAUGAACAACAAAUUAAUCAAACUCAGUGUACAGUACGAGAAGCUAAUAGACGACAAAUGCGCGAACGAGAAGUCUGUUAACUCGAGCGAAUUCUCUUCUGAACAUUGUCAAGUCUGCUUGGUAAACAAACGACUCUUUCCCUCAAUGACAUCGAAUAAAAGCUCGAUAAAUCCAUCUCUUCAUAAAGAACACAGAGAAAUACUUGCCAUUUGUAUUUUGAAACCAACGAGAAUAACUGUUUCAAGCCCUAUGGACUACAGCAGCCGUUCUUCCACCAUUUGUCAUCUUAUUAAUUUCGAAGCUGGAUUUGAAAGUAUCGCCUAUUAUGCUAUGGAAACAAAUCCUCUUGGACUGUGCAUGAAUUUUACCAUACCAGACAGGACGAACAGCACUAAAGGACUACAAGGAGCUUUGGAUCCUAGGAGAUGGCCAAAGAUGGUGUUGGAUGUCUUCCUAGUUGUCUUCUUCGAAAUUUUCCAGUAUUACUCUCUGGCCUUUCUUUGUCUGUUCUACCCGACGGAAAUCUUGCAAGAUGGCGUUACUCAUAUCAUUCUUGAGGGAGUAAGUCCUGUUAGUCUCCGAAGCUUUGCAGGAAAUUAUUUCUUUUCUAGAAAAGAGGGAAUUUGGUACAAGGCAAAAACAUUCAUUUUGAGAGUUUUUAUUAUACCUCUUCCAUUUCUGGUUACUGCAACCGUCUUUGCGGAUUUUGAACUGUAUGACCCUUUGACAAAGAUAUCAUUCAAUAGGCUCUUCAUAGUGUCCGGGUUUUGUUAUUGUUGUCAGGCUUUUACAUAUCAUUUUACUCAAAAAGGUCAUUAAAAGCAAAGCCUUGUUUCCUUUGUAAGUUUUUCAAGCCAACAAUCCCUUCCUGUCAUGAUGAAAUUCCUCGGCUAAUUAAAAACCAUUUGCGCCUCCAGCCUUUGAUCUUAGUAGAAUGUUGGAGGUUUUACAAAUGGUGUUUUAUAAAGUAUUUUGAAAAGUGUGCCACGGUGGUUCCUUCCUGCAGAUGUUCUCAUGUCUUUGUGAUUCGUCUUGUACAAUUUAUCUCUUUGUUGCUCUGUAUACCCGUUGUGGUAGUAGCGUUAUUGAUUGUUGUAAGUUUAUUAACUUUCAUAGGAAUUUAUUUCACAACUCCUGCAACUGCCUUAUGCAUGGAUCACUAUGACAGACCGAGUACGAAAGAAGUAUCGAUUUCAUUAUACAUCUUCUCUUUUCUCCCACGUUUUGUCCUUUGGAGCGUUUCAUGGUAUGGUGUCUCUAAUCUUUUGCAUUUAGCAGGUUACGGUGCUCUGAAUGCUUCAUGGGGUGUUUUACAACUCUCUUUCUGGGAGGAACAUUUUCCAUACGUGUCUUGUUCUAUUUUUGUUUUGUAUUACACUUGGUCAAGCUACAGCUCUUUUACGAAAACAUACCACGAGCUUGCCCUGACUUUAUACGAUUGCUACAAGGGCUCAAAACGAACCCAAUCUCAAGAUUUUCCUUUCACCUCAGAUCAGCUGCCAAAACUACCCAACAAUUCGCACGAUCUUGACAACGUGAUAGCAAUCCCAAAAGAGCUCUUCGAAAUGGCACGCGAAGAACUUUCGCCUCUCAGAGAAGGUGUCUCCAUACUAAUUUUGAAGAUCACGAUGAUCGUGUCUUUUGUGCUUAUUGUGUUUUCGUUAGCUAUGGUGUCCAGCUUUGACACAACGCCUUUGGUGAAAACUUUGUUAACGUUUUUCACUUUAUCGCUUCCCAAGAUCGUCGCCAUCUACAUUGAUGGAGGGUGGCAGAAAAAAUUGCGAGCAAAGGUUAUGGAGGAAAAGGUUCCAAAGAUUGUGGAAAAAUUCAUCAGUGAAACUUCUAUGACAACUCGAGGACUGAGAGACAGAAAUGCAAACAGCGACGAAGUGAUUUUAAUA